AUGGUUUCACGCAAAUCCAAAAAGGCAAUCAUCAUUUCGAAAUUCAACCGUAGAUACAAGCAUUGCAUGGAGGAUAUUCUUAACUACUAUGCUGAUGUGGCUACACAGGAAAAUGAUAUAGUGAAGAUUCAGCUGAAGGAUAUUGAUUUCGAACAGAUGACUUUUAGCUUCCGCCAUGAAAUGGUCGAAUUUGAAAUAUUGAAACCUGUCAGGUAUGAAAAUGACAAAGUGUGCAAAAAUUGGGGUGAGGUGGAGUCUACUGUUGUGGAUAUGUGUCGUAAAGCUGCUGCUUCAAAGCAUUUAAGUUCCAUCUGCUUGAAAAAAAUCGUUUAUCCGGACGGACCAAUUGAUCUACUUCUAGUUUUAGGUGUUUGUCUUCUAUUUCUUGCUCGUUACCAGCCUGAUUUCGUCUAUGAUACGCUUCUUUCGAAAAUCCCGUAUGUGGAAAAACUUAGGCCAUGGAAUACGGAAAUGCUAAUCGCAACCGCAAUUAUACACAUUAUUGAAAUGUGGGUGUGCCUCCGCCCAAAGCUUACCUACUACAGGGUUCCUAUUGAUUAUCAACUCGAAUGGUAUUGCUGUGCAAUGCUAGAUGGAUACAUGUCGGCCAAUCGUCUUGAAAGAUACGUGAAACAUAUUAAAGGGCGUUACUUUAACUUCGAGGACGAGACUCUAUCCAUCGAGGCUCCUGUUGUUGACUCUGACUCGGAAUUAUAA